GAUAGGUGUUUUCCCAGCGGGGCGGUGGGAUGGGCACCCUCUGCUCCCCGGGGAGGAGGCCAAGGCGGGGGCACAGAGGCUGCGCCCGGAGCCGCUGGGUGUCGGGGUGCAGUGCCAGCAGGAUCCCACGGAUCUCAACGUGCCGCACCGCAGCCCCCCACACCCUGCCCACACCUGGGGCCCAGCGCAGCACUCUGGGACGCAUCCCCCGGCCGGCACCCAUCCCCUGGCCGGGACCCACAGAGCACUGCUGGACCACAGCGGGUGCGGGGUACUGCCUGCAGGGCUGCGCAGGGCUCUGCGGGGCCGGGUGGGAGCCGGGCUGCGUAAGGUCUCUGUGCUGCGGUGUCUGCGUCCUGAGCGUGGCACUAUGUGAGCCGCGGGCGCGGCGGGGGCUCCGCGGGGGGUCCGGACCCGUGGCAGGCGCAGGGCGGGGAGGGGAGGGGACAGAGCGGGGACAGAGCCCGGCGCCGUGCCGGGCCCUACCUGGAGCAGGGCCACCCCCUCCGUCCGGCACCGUGCUCCGCCCUCCCGCGGCCGGUGGAAGCUCCGGUACCCGCCGAGGGGCUCGGGGCACAGGUCGCGACACCGCCCGCGGGACCGGUGCUGCCCCGAGCCCGUCCAAGGCCACGCACCGACAGCUCCGAACCCCGCUCCACCGCCCCUGGGCUGGGCGCGGCCGGAAAGGGGCGGGGACGUCACGGCGGCCGCUGGGGCGCGGCCUGGCGCUGAUUGGUCGCGCUGCGCCGUACGCCCCGGAAGGGGCGGGGCCACCCGUUGGGGCGGGAGGGAUGGCGGCGGCGGCGGCGCUGCGGCGAGUGGCGGACGUGGAGAUCGACGAUGACGGCGUGUUCAACCGAUAUCUACGACAGGGCGGCGGCCGAGCUGGAGCCGCAGGGCUUCGACUGCGAGUGCCUGGGCGGCGGCCGCAUCUCCCACCAGAGGCAGGAGAAGAAGAUCCACGUCUACGGGUACUCGGUGGGCUUUGGGCGAGCAAAUCACUCUGUGACUACGCAGAAGCUGAAAGCCAAGUAUCCGGACUAUGA